GUCAAUGGAUUAUUUCACAAUAAUAGAUCAUUAACCUGUUUUCCAGCAACGAUGCUGUUCCCCGAGUACUACGACAGCCAACUCAGAAGCAAAAUAGUCUCGCUGAUAUCAAUAAAAUGCCACUUUCAGUUUAUAACAUUCUGUUGUGCUGCGCAGCAGAGAAGUUGGAGCACAUCCUGCUCUCAGGCUAGAUAACACUCGCACUUCCCACUACUGAAUGAGAAGGUGGGAAAUCAAGUGGUGAGAAGACAAACAGGACACCACAGCAGACUCUGGGCAUUUUCCACAUUUUCAAUUUCUGGGCACAUCUCUUAAUGGAACAAAUGUGGACUCAUACGGAGAAGCCAAGCAGGGCAUGGCUUUAAGCAGACUUCUGCUGCUCUGUAUGAUAGCCUCUGAAGUGUGGGACAGUGAGACCAAGUCCACAGAGUUUGUGUGCAGUAGAGCAGCCAGAAAGGCUUUGAAUAUUGUGCCCGAGAUGUCCAGUGCACUGUCAGCCUGUCCACCUGUCUGUCUUGUCUCUGUCACUUGUCUCUCCCGUGUCUCCUCCGUUGCAGAGUAAUUGUAAUGGCUCGGCAACCCUCUCCACACAGGUUCAGCUACCCUGCACUGAGCUUCACGCAGCAUCUUGGGAACACAAAUCGGAGCGGGAGAAGAGAGGAGAGAUAGUUGCAUCUUUAAGGCUUCUUGUCGAGGGUGUGAAGUCUGAAAGGAGCCUCAGACCGACAGGAUGUGGCGCUUUGCUGCUGCAGAGACUGGAGAACAACAUCAACAACUACCUGCUCAUCCUCACCCGCCUUCAGCUGAGCGGGGCAGUGGUGACUCCAUCGCUGUCUUGUGUUCCUCGAAGCACUCAGAGUCUGAGAACAGUCCUGAUGAGUUACAACCUGCUGAUCUCAGCCAAGCUGGAGUGGUUCAUGGUUGGCCUGGAGCACAAGUGCACCAAUUCCCGGUGACACCGGAGCAGCUUUUCACUACUGCAGCUGGGGGUCGCUCACGAAGGAGGUCCAUCAAAGCAAAAACUGGAUUGAUCUACAUUUUUUUCCGUCACCUUUUCGCAGAAGUCACUGUUAUGGAUGUUCUGUUUUUUAUAGCCAGAAGAGAGUGAAUACUUCACUAUCUGUCGGUCAUUAAGAUAAAGCAAAGCCAGGGUAAUAUGAAUAUAAGAAAAAUGAAUGUAUGAUAUUGAGGCGUUUUAUGUUUGUUUGUUUUAGUUUUAUCUUUGUAUCAUUCUGCAGGACAGUGGAGAUGCUUUAAAUACGACUGUAAGCCUGUAGGUCCUACAACAGGCUAAAAUCUGCCAUGUAGCGUUUUUAUGAUGCCUUCAGACAACAUCUGUAUUAUCUAAAUCCUGGUUCCAGAUGUUUUUCAGCUUAAUAAUGUAAACAGAAUGAGACUUAUUCCAACAUAUUUGUUGCUCUUCAGCCCUGCUAAUACUGCAAUAUCUUUUUAGGAGAAAGCAAAUGUGUUUUUCUCUUUGCACUUUUAAAUCUUAUCUUGUUUACCCUUUGAAUAAGAGCAUUGCUAAAGAAGUAUGCUGCUAUUAUUAUCAGCAUUAUUAUUAUUAUUAAUAUGAUUAUUAUUUGCUUUUCUAGUACAAGAAAUCUCCGUAUUGUUGGAAAAUUUCUCGAUAGAAUUCAUAUAUUUUGCAUUUAAAGAUACAUUAUUCAAAAUAAUUGUGAUACAGGACUUUUAUAAUAUAGACGAAACACAGAAAGACUGUUUUUUGUUUUUUACUAAUCAUUUAAUUUAUUUUAAUUGAUUGUUGUCUAAUAAAAACAAAAAAGAAGCUAAUUAUAAGGAGACGAGACUGGACAUUAUUGGACGAGCCCUUGCAGGAAGCAACGUCAUUUUUGUCUCCAAUUAGCAAAUUACCUGCCCAAGGUGAAGGGCUCGAGCAGGUGAGGCGUGGAGGUAAAUGGCGGCUCUCGACGUGGAUGGCACGUUUCACCAUAACAACAAUAUAGAACUGGUCUUUUAUUUAAAUAAAGUUGCACUUACCUUUAUUAUUGAUAAUCUACGAUGUCAGAAAAAACGCCUUUAUUACACUACCGACUGACCACUAGCGGCGAGCCGUCUGAUGGAUCUAAACGCACCGGGGUCGGAGGAGGGGUACACCCCGGACGAUCCAAGGAUAGGGCGCCUCAGAAGCUCGGGGUGCUGUUUGGAGUCGUCAUUCCAACUUUACUGUCCAUGUUCAGCGUUGUUGUGUUCUUGCGGAUUGGAUUUGUUGUGGGCCAAGCAGGGCUGUACCAUUCUAUUGCCAUGUUCCUGGUGGCCUACUUCAUCAUCACAAUGACUGUGCUCUCCAUCUGUGCAAUCUCCACCAAUGGAGCUCUAGAUGCUGGAGGUGCCUACUACAUGAUCAGCCGAGCCCUGGGUCCAGAGUUUGGUGGCAGCAUUGGGAUCAUGUUUUUCUUUGCCAACAUUUGCAGUAGUGCUCUCUACAUUUUGGGUUUGGUCGAGGCUAUUACAUCUACCUUCGGGGUUCCAGAAGAGGGGGCUGCAGCUGCUGCAGGUCACCAUCACAUGCUGCCAUCAGGAUACUGGUGGUCUCUGCUUUAUGGCACCGCCCUGCUUUUCCUGUGUUUCAUUGUGUGUCUGGUGGGAGCCCACAUCUAUGCAAAAGCCACCUUCAUUAUCUUCAUCGUAGUCAUGACGGUCCUGGCUUCGAUCUUCAUUAGUUUCUUCAUUGUGGGGCCCACCGUGGUGACUCUGUCACACACGUCUGCAGUGAACACCACCAGCAUGAGCACUGCCAAUUAUACAGGCUUCAGGCUGCACACGCUGGAGGGAAACCUGUUCUCCGCGUACACGGUGGACUACACCACUGGUGCCAUGAUGAGUUUUACCAGAGUGUUUGCGGUCAUGUUCAACGGCUGCACUGGAAUCAUGGCAGGGUCCAACAUGUCAGGUGAUCUGAAAAACCCUGGCUAUUCCAUCCCGAGAGGAAGUCUUGCUGCUGUUUUUACAACUUUCAUCACAUAUAAUGUGCUGAGUCUGCUGGCGGCAUGGUCCUGUGACCGUUAUCUUCUCCAAAGAGACUACAGCUUCCUGGGGGACAUUAAUAUAUUGCCACCCAUGGUCACAGUUGGCAUUUACUCCUCGGCCCUGUCUGCAGCAAUGAGUAACCUUAUUGGAGCCUCCAGGGUGCUGUACGCCCUGUCCAAAGACGACCUGUUUGGCGGUGUUCUGGCUCUGGCAAGGAAAACCUCUCAAAGUGGAAACCCCUGGGUCUCAGUGCUUGUCUCUUGGUUGCUUGUGCAGAUGGUGCUAUUUGCAGGUAAAUUGAACACCAUUGCUGGUAUUGUAACCAUCUUCUUCUUGUUGGUGUAUGCUGCUGUGAACCUGGCCUGUUUGGCUCUUGAAUGGGCUUCUGCACCAAACUUCAGACCCUCGUUCCGUUUCUUUACAUGGCACACCUGCACUCUGGGCAUCCUCGGCUGCCUGGUCAUGAUAUUUUUGAUCAAUGCAAUUUAUGCAUUUGCCAGCAUAGCCUUUAUGCUGGUGCUCUUGAUGCUUAUCCACUACCUGGGGCCCAUCAGCAACUGGGGCUACAUCAGCCAGGCCCUCAUCUUCCACCAGGUGCGUAAGUACUUGUUGAUGUUGGAUGUGCGAAAGGACCAUGUUAAGUUCUGGAGGCCCCAGGUGCUUCUGAUGGUUGCAAACCCUCGCAGCUGUACAGGCCUCAUGACUUUCAUUAAUGAUCUGAAGAAGAGCGGCCUCUAUGUGCUUGGACACAUAAAGCUGGGCUUGCUGGAUGAGCUGCCCUCUGAUCCUUUGCAGAGUCGAUAUGACUCCUGGCUCUGUUUAGUGGAUCAUUUGAAAAUCAAAGCGUUUGUCAACCUGACCCUGGCUGACUCCGUCCGACACGGCGUUCAGAAUUUGCUUUUCAUCUCAGGCUUUGGUGGAAUGAGGCCCAACACCCUUGUCUUGGGUUUCUAUGAUGACUGCACUCCUCAUGACCACCUCCAAGGUCAUAUUCUCCUGUCUACAGGCCAUAGCUUUGAUACGGUCUGUCCAACCAAAGUCCCUGGAGAGCAACGCUCUCCCUUCUUUCCCAGUCUGCGAGGUGCUGAGGACCCCAAAGACCUCCAGGAAGAGGAAUACGUCUCUGUGAUUGCUGAUGCUGUAAAAAUGGGAAAGAAUGUGACUCUGGCUCGGUGUUUCGACCAGUUCAACCGGGACAGAGUCUUAGGGUCAGGAAGAAAGAUCAGAGGUGUGGCCGGGCCAUUCAUUGAUGUGUGGCCUAUGAAUCUUCUUCAGCCAGACAGCCAUAGUUAUGUUGGCAUCUGCUCAUUGUUUCUUCUCCAGCUGGCUUGUGUGCUUCACGAUUCCCGUGCCUGGAACCAGGCGAGACUCCGACUCUUCUUGUGCAUGGAGGCUGGCUACAGUCUGCAAGAAAAGGAGGAAGCAAAGCUCCAGGGUAUGCUUAGGGAUCUAAGGAUCUCAGCUCAGGUUCAGAUGGUGGCUUGGGAUGAGGUGGUGGCGCUACACUGGCAGAGGCAAAGAGAAAGGGCUGAACAGAAUGAGGAAGAUGAGAGAGAAGACUGUAACCAGACAUAUCCCAAUAAUGCCUCUCAACUUACAGAUGAGUACAUCUGUGCCGUCAAUGAUAUGAUUUGCCGUCAUGGUGUCCCUCAGCCAGCUGUGCGUUUCUUGUAUUUGCCACACCCCCCAGCUGAUAGAAGCCGUUACCGUGCCUACCUGCAUCAGGUGGACCUGUUGAGUCGAAACCUUGGUCCGACAUUGCUCGUUCACGGAGUCACUCCUGUGGUUACGACUGACAUCUAGAAUUUUACUAACUCUUUGUCAUCGACUAGCAGAAUCUAGUAUCGUUCAUGGACGGGGCUGUGCCUGUUGCCUCCCGAUUUAUUGACAUGUUAGUCGUCAACCACAGUAUUACAAUAGAUGAAAACACUGCAAAUCUCAGUUUUAAACUUUAAUCAAACAUGAAUGUUACACACACCUAUUCCUCCCACUAAUACACCAACAAACAUGAAUGCUUGAGGGGAACUGAGGCUAUCCCUUUGAAACUGAGAUUAGGCCAUAGUGGCAUUAAGAAAAUUAAUCUGCACUUUUUUGUGUGAGAGGAGAUGAUUGUAUUAGUAGAAAGCUGAUUGGAUGUUAAUGUAUUAGAUUCUCAUUUAUUUGCUAAAAUAUUGCUGCCACAGUUGGGUGCCAUCUUGCUAUUGUGUGCUUUAAAUUUUGCACAGAUUUAUAGAAAAAUAAACGAUUGUAUUACCUGAAUGGCCUGUUUAUAGUUAGUAAUUGUUAGCUACUACAAAAAAAGUUACACCUGAGUGUUUCCUGUUGAACCUGCAGAGGGCGAUAUUUGCCUAGCAAACUGCCCACAAUCACAGCUAUACAAGUAAGAAUUUACAAGGCUCUUAGUGCACCACAAUGGUGCAAAUACCAUGUAACUGAAUGUGUACUACAAAUAAGCUAACAUAGACUGAUCUGCUCAUUCAGAACUCUCCACGUGGUCGGUCUGUUUAUGAUCGGCUUUCUUGCCAAGAUAAAGAAUGCAGUUCCCAGAAAAACGGUUGAAAACUUUUCAGGGCUGACAGGAUCUCCUUCUGAGUUGUAAUUAUGGACCAAGGCAGUCUUACUAAAUUAAUAAGAGUCCUAUGUGUUCCAAAUUAAACUUGGAGUCAAGUGUUUUCAUUAUUAUUUUGGAUAUGACUUCUAGGAGGAUUAUGUUUGCUGUAUACAAACAGCAAAGCACCAGUGGCUUAGCACUGAGGGAGCUAAAAUUAAAUCAAGAAAUAUUAGGGGCGAAUGUCAGGGCGCUAUGCUACAGACUGGGUCAUCCAACAUGACAUUGACCUGGGGUGCACAAAUAAAUGAACAGAUGGUUUAAAGAAAAAGAAACAACAAUUUUGGUCUGUAACCACCUUGAGAUGCUGUGGUGUGAGCUGAGCAAGGCUGGACAAUCAAGAAAUCCCCCAAAUACUCAUUGUGCACUUCUUAUCAGCAUCUCCAGGAAAUGAUGCUGCUGUUAAAGAAGUUUCUUUGAACUACUAAAUUCAAGACUUAACUUAGUUUUUCCAGCCUGAGCUGUGAGUGAUUACUGAACACGAUCAUUAAAGACAUGACUGUUUUAUCCAGUCAGACUGUGUUGUACUAUCAUUAUUUUAUAAUGGAAUUUUUACUUGUAGUGCAACUUUUUGCCCCUCGGAAUAAAGCCAGUGUGCAGA